AAACCGACUCGCGGUACCGUCGUCGUCACACAACAAAAAAAAAUAAUAAAAAUAAAACAAUCGCCGAUCGGCAACUGAAGGUUCCUUAAAGGUUACGAAACGUUUAUAAUUUUUACGCCACAUUAGUUUUCUGUGAAACAGUGAGGCAAACACUGCGCUAAUUGGAAAAACGAGGAAAGAAAACGGCAGGAUGUCUAAAAAUAUUUUACGCUAAAAUAAUCGAGUUAGUGAUUAUUAGUCCAUUGAUUAACAGUCCGGUGAAAUGUUUUGUCCGCGUGAUAAGUGAGUGAUGUGAUAUGGGGAUCUGUGAUAUUAUGGACUGUACUAAUGCCAUUAGAAGGAGUUAAAAGGUCGGCUGACAGGCUACCUGCGCGCUAUGGGCCUGCAGGCGAGCUUUCGGCAAUACCUGGGGUCUGUCUCCUAAGAUCUUCCAGUGGAACUACUCGCGCAUUGUAAGACCUCGACGCCGUCACGACAAAAAGGCGCACAAAUAUUAGAAAAGGUCCAAUCAGACAAAGUGAUAGUUACGAAACCAGAAGAAGACCGGCGCAGGCGCACGAUCAUCGUUGAAAAGAAAAAUGGCAGCUUCGGCUUCACCAUCCAAAGCUACGGCAUCCACUACAAAAAAGAGAAGGAGAUAGAGAUGAUCACUUACGUGGAUUACGUCGACUAUGACGGCCCGGCAUACAGGGCAGGCAUGAGAGAGGGCGACGUCAUUCUGUCCAUCAACGGGACCGACAUGGAAAAGGCCGAUCACAAGACCCUCGUGAACUACAUUAAAAACUGCGAGUCGCGCAUGCGCAUGGUGGUUUUGUUCGAGGAUUGCGUGAGGAAGGUGGAACUGCACAUGCGCUACAUCCAGCUGCAGAACCUGCUUGAGAGCAAGAUGGACGAGCUGGAGAGGCUGUGCAUCCGAGAGAGACAGCUGCUGGAAGGCAAGUGGAAGACCCAUAGCUUACCGGCGAGGAAGAAGGCCAGUCAGAAUAACACCAGUGGACCCCCUACCCCUCAAGGUUACUACACAUUCUGCAGACCAACCGUUUCUACAGAAGAUGUUGCCCAAAAGAAACAGCCUGCUCCGCUAAUAUUUGCUUAUCAAUAUCUGGACAGCACUUACAGAUACUUGCUGCACCCCUCAACGAGCUCCAGUGGGGAGUACUUACUCACUUUUGACCCACAGAGUGAGUCACGAUACAGCGACAGAAGGGAUCAAAGUUUCAUCAUUAAAACCCCUCAAUCUCAGAAGCCACCCACGAGAUCUCAGUACUCAGAAAACAAAAGCAAAAAGGGGCAUGGGCCUUGUCAUAGCUACGGGGGGCACCUGUGCAACCCUUGCCUCACCGUUAAUACCACUAAUGGUGACAAUACUAGCUUAGAAGCAUACGACUUAGCUAGUCCUUGCUGUGAUCCUCACUGCGUACCUGCCAGAAGGAGGAGCAGGAGUCAGAAGGACAACAGAAAGAGAGAGUCCAAGACUGAAGAAACUCAGACUGAGCCUCAACAAGUUCCAAGAUCUCGUCCACAUUCCCAAGUAGGCCAGGCACCUCCAACGACUGCGGCAGGGUACAUUUCCGUACCCAGAAGGUACUUUCAUAUGGGCGCUGGAUUGGUCAGUCAGUGUAGCCUUCACUCGUGCACCUCCAGCGAAAUGAGCAACGUAGUUCCCACCACCACCACCAUGGGAGAAAGCAGCGCGAACAGCUACACAACGUCACUCAGCACUGACACUCUUUACUGGGAAGGCUCGACAGAUGCGAGACAACUGAGCCAAAAAAGCAAACAGGAGCAGCGGUACUCACAGCAGCAGUACCCCCACGAGCCGAUUUACGUGCAGUACAACCAAAACAAGCCGAAAUCCUGGGAUAACUUGACCACCAAAGCGUUUGGAGGCUACGGUUUCGGAUAUGGAUACUUCGACGCCUCGGGGAACAAGUGCAAGCAAAACACCACCCCAAGGAACUCUCAGAAAUCUCAGUACGUCAGGGUGCAAGACAAAAAUGGCCCCCAGUACACCCCACACACUCAGAGAAGGUAUUUCCAGCCCACCAAGUCCACUGAGAGCCUGCUCUCCAUUCCGAAGUACUCGAAUGAGAACCUAACGGAUUCCAGUGCCAGUUGUGAGUGUUUGGAGGCGGUCAGCUCGCCAGUGCCCGAUGGCAGUGAGUCCAGAUUCUUUCAGAGUCCAAGGCCAAGCGUGAUCAGUCCGACCGAUCCUAAUUUCGGGUAUUACAGUGCUGCCAGGAGGACGUCCAGGCAGGAGGGCCAGCAGGGUAGUAAGAGCGCCGGGUCAGCAAGUAAUUCUGAGGCUACGAGGCUGUAGAGGGGAUGUUUGUGGAGCUGUGUUUGGUAAAUUAAGUUUGCAGGGCAGUAAGGCAGUUUUUAGUGAAAGAAGUGGGUGUUUGGAGGCCGUAGGGGUAAUGGAGCGCUACGAAAAGGUUGUUCAGCUGUAGCUCUUCUCAGUGUAGCUCUAUACACCUUAACAAUCAGAAGAAGAAGGUCAAAGUGACACGUGACAGCUGUCAUAAGUAUUGCCGGCACAGUAUAGUGGGAAAUUUCAAAUUAAGACCGGGAACACCACAUAGAUCUUUCUCCUUGUGAUUUUUUUUUAAUGUGACACUCGAAAAUGUUUAUAUAUAUUAAUGAAUUAAAAUGAGAAAGAUGGGGGAUUUUGCACAGAGAAGAGGUGGAAGGAUGGAGAGAGGUUUUUACCAUAAGAACUUUUGUUAUUCCUUAUAGUAACUGUAUGCCAAAGAAUAUUUUAAAUAUGCUCUGAUAAUGUAACAUUUAUUAAUCAUUAUUUAAUUAAUUAGUGAAUACGUGUUACUUAAUCGAAAUUAUGUGGGGCACUUAAUUGGGGAAAAACACGUUUUUUCGCACAUUAAUGGCUGUAUAUUUAAUUUUCAGUGGAAAUUCUCAAUAUGCAACGAUAUUAGGUAAAUGAAUGGAUUUUAUUACGCAUGUGAAACCCAAAGACAAUUUCCAAAUAAAUUUUGUUACGUUGUUUUAA